CGUGCGCGGGGUAUUCACGUCACUUAACCACGAAGGUCGGGGAGUUGAAGUCGGUCGGGUGCGGUUUCAUUACCCGCAGCUUCAUUUUCCUCCUCGGCUUUCGCGGAAGCGCGCGGCCGUGCGGUGCGACGCGACUGGAUCUCCAUCCGCUUCCUCCCUAGUGGGGAAACCCUAGAGAUUUGGGGGAGUAAGCCCGAGCUCUUCCUUGUUCUUCGCUUCUUCGUUCUUGGGGCUUGAGGCCUCCGUCGCUGAUUGGUCUCCGAGGAUGGCUUGCCGAUGCGUUGUUAUCCAAGAAGUGGAGGAAGGGGAGGAACUGAAGUCCAAGGGUAGGGUUUCAUCAAGAAGAUGCCGCACGGAGAUGAUGUUUCCGAUGUAUGCGAUGGGGUCUUUCAAGCCGAAUUCCAUUGCUCGCACGAUUCUUGAUACCGCCGGCGACCCCAUCUGGGACUCCGUGAGGGCCGACGCCAGAUUCGAGGCCGACAAGGAGCAAAUUUUGAGCAGUUUCUUGUAUGCUAGUGUCUUGUCCCAUGAUUGUUUGGAGCGUUCUUUGGGUUUUGUGCUUGCCAAUAGACUUCAGAAUGCGACACUUUUGGCUACUCAACUAAUGGAUAUUUUUGAUGAUGUCAUGAUGAAUGAUCGAGGUAUUCAACGUUCAAUUCGCCUAGAUGCUCAGGCAUUCAAGGACAGGGAUCCUGCUUGUGCAUCAUACAGCUGGGCAUUAUUGUACCUUAAGGGCUACCAUUCUUUGCAAUCAUAUCGGAUAGCACAUGCUUUAUGGAACCAAGGGCGCAAAAUUCUAGCCUUGGCAUUGCAAAGUCGAAUUAGUGAGGUUUUUGCUGUGGAUAUACACCCAGCUGCAAGAAUUGGUGAGGGAAUAUUAUUGGAUCAUGGAACAGGUUUAGUCAUUGGGGAAACUGCUGUUGUAGGAAACUGGGUUUCUUUAAUGCAGGGUGUUACAUUAGGGGGAACUGGUAAAGAAGUUGGUGAUCGUCAUCCCAAAAUAGGUCAAGGUGCUCUAAUUGGAGCUAGUGCAACGGUUCUAGGGAAUAUUGUGAUUGGUGAAGGUGCUAUGAUUGCUGCUGGUUCUCUUGUGUUGAAGGAUGUACCUGCGCACAGCAUGGCUGUGGGGAAUCCAGCAAAAAUUGUUGGGUAUAUAGAGGAUGAAGAACCAUCUCUAACGAUGAAGCAUGAUGCUGGCAAAGAUUAUUUUGAACAUGUAGCUGCCAGUUCCAGUGAUGGACUGAAUAAUGGGAUCCAUUGCUCCGGAAGAAAAAGCUAAGUGGAAAUGCCUUUGUGACCGACCAAUAUUUCCAGCCAGAGAUCAAGGGAGGAGUACAGCCCCUUGUAUAAAUCUUACAGGGGAUAUGUUGCUCUCUCCCAGAAUUGCAAGCUUGGCUUGGCGUAGUUACUUCUCAUUGGCUGUUGUGCUGAGGAAGCAGCAGAGUGGUUGCUUGCUUGUCUUCCAUGAGCUCUGACGCUGAAAACAAUGUAAUUGAUAGUUCACAAUGUUCAGGCAGCAAUGUUAUUGCUAUUAGUUAAAAUAGAUCUUACGUUGUUCAAGGUAAUAUAUGAUCGUGCCAUGCAUGUUUCUCC